CGCAAUAAAAACCAAUCAACACGCACAGGAAAAGGCAAAUCUCUCUCGCUCUCUCUGUCUCUCUCAAAGAUGUAUUCUGUGGCAAAAAUGAGGUCAGAUCGCAAGCCUCCGCUGGCUAAAUCGCCGGUCCGGCUGCGGCCCCGCCGAGUUCUUCGCUCAAACUCAACCUCUCUGCAAACCCCACCAGGCUCUUUGACGAAAUCCGAGAGACCGAACCGUUUUUGGGGCGCCGACGCAUCGGAUCUCCGACCCGAGUACCUCUCGAUCUCGUGCGAGUUACGUGCUUUAACGAAGAAGGUACGCGAAGAAUUUGGCGAUGGAGAUUCGGACAACGCUGGGAUAUCCAAUUCUUUCAGUGCCAGCUCGAGCACUCUGUUUGAGAGGGGUCGGUUCUACGAGGAGUACUGUGCGAAAAGGAACGAGAGGCUGAAGAGGAAGAAGAACGAUACAGGGGAUGGGAGGAAGAGCGUGUACAAUCUCGGCGUAACGGUGGAGUCUGCGAAAAAGAGCACUAGCACGAAGAAGCUCGAGACCCUGAGGAAAUCGGUGUCGGCGGCUUACACCGUGGAGCGGAGCGAGGCUCCGACUCCAAGAUAUAUGCUUAGAAGUAUGAGGAAGGAGAAUAAGAAACCCCCUCUGGCUGUGGCUUCUGGGAGAUCCGUGCUUGGCACAGAGACAAAACUUGGGGCUCGAAGGCUUAGGAGAGACUGAAUUCUACAGUCAGACAAAGUUCUUCUCUACUUGAAUUGAAGAAAUUUUUUUCAUCUUUGUCUAUUAAACUGCCAUUUUGAAUUUUCAACGACCCAAUUUGAUUUGCGAUUGAAUAUGUUUUCUUUGUUUGUGGAUUUUGAGUAAAUGUUUGGUGGUAUUAGCAUUUGCAUAUCAGUUUUCAAAGAUCGAGGUUUCAACUGGAGAAAGAAACCUCUAGCUGUUAUUCA